AUGACAGUCCACCACGCCCCGCCUCCAACCCUCCUCACCCAGACGACGUUGCUCUCGCUCGCUUCGACCGUCGCUCUACUUGCCCUCGCUGUCGCGCUCGCUCAGCGCCUGUUGCCUGCCAGAAGAUACGCCGGCGCUGCCCAACGCUUUACCUUUGUGUGGCUCGCCUUCGAUGCGCUGGUGCACUUCACUCUCGAGGCCUCCUUCGUCUUCCACUCCUUCCCGCGCCCUCGGACUGUUAACUCUGGCACCGGUCCCUUCGCCGCUCUCUGGCGGGAGUAUGCCCUCGCCGACACACGAUGGGGCACGAGCGACCCGACCGUCGUGUCCAUCGAACUCAUCACGGUCCUCGGAGCUGGUCCUUUGGCAGCUUACUGCGCCAAUGGGAUGCGACGACCAAGGAACGAGGCGUGGAGGCUUUGGAUCAUCAUCUUGUCAGUGGCGGAACUGUAUGGCGGCUGGAUGACCUUCGCUCCCGAAUGGAUCACCGGCUCGCCCUCGCUCAACACCUCUCACCCGCUGUACACCUGGGUCUACCUCGCCUUCUUCAAUGGACUCUGGGUCGUCAUCCCGCUCUGGCUCAUCUGGGAUUCAGGAAGGGUCAUCUUGCGGGCGUUAAGCGUAACAGAAGAGACCAAGGCGAAGUAG